CUCGCAGAAAAAAAAAACAUAAUCCAACAAAAACCCACCAUUCAGGGAUUCGGAAUUCGUGAUUCUCUUUGCAAAACCGCAGCAGCAGGAGCAGCUACUUUUCUGAGUUCCAAAUGGCUGGUUCGUUUACUCCGACGGCUGGUUCCUACAAGCCCAAGAACAUCCUCAUAACCGGAGCAGCCGGCUUCAUUGCAUCCCACGUCUGCAACCGCCUCAUCCGCACCUACCCGGACUACAAGAUCGUCGUCCUCGACAAGCUCGACUACUGCUCCAACAUCAACAACCUCAACCCCUCGCGCCACUCCUCGUCCCUAGGCAACUUCAAGUUCAUCAAGGGAGACAUCGGCAGCGCGGACCUCGUCAACUUCAUCCUCCUCACCGAGUCCAUCGACACCAUCAUGCACUUUGCGGCCCAGACCCACGUCGACAACUCCUUCGGCAACAGCUUCGAGUUCACCAAGAACAACAUCUACGGCACCCACGUCCUCCUGGAGGCCUGCAAGCUCAUGAAGGAUCAAGUCAAGAGAUUCAUCCACGUCAGCACCGACGAGGUCUACGGGGAGACCGACGAGGACGCCGUCGUGGGGAACCACGAGGCCUCCCAGCUGCUCCCCACAAACCCUUACUCUGCCACCAAAGCCGGGGCAGAGAUGCUGGUCAUGGCGUACGGCAGGUCCUAUGGCCUGCCCGUUAUCACUACAAGAGGUAACAAUGUCUAUGGUCCCAAUCAGUUCCCCGAGAAGCUGAUCCCAAAAUUCAUCCUCCUGGCUAUGAUGGGGAAGCCCCUCCCCAUCCACGGGGACGGAUCCAACGUCAGGAGCUACCUGUACUGCGAGGAUGUCGCCGAGGCUUUCGAGGUUGUGCUCCACAUGGGUGAAGUUGGGCAUGUGUACAACAUUGGGACGAAGAAGGAGAGGAGGGUGAUCGAUGUGGCUAGUGACAUUUGCAAUCUGUUUGGGCUGAAUCCUGAGGAACAGAUCAAAUUUGUGGAGAACAGGCCGUUUAACGACCAGCGGUACUACUUGGAUGAUCAGAAGCUCAAGAACUUGGGGUGGUGCGAGAGGACGAAUUGGGAGGAAGGGCUCAGGAAGACGAUGGAGUGGUACAGGGCGAACCCCGAUUUCUGGGGCGAUGUGUCUGGAGCCCUGCUCCCGCACCCAAGGAUGCUCAUGUUCCCUGGAAUGGAGAAGAGUUAUGAUCCACGAACCAUGAGCACGGAUGACGGUACUUCUGCUACUGAUCAGCAAACUGAAAUUGUGGUUCCAGCUCCUCCUCCUGCUUCCGCGAACAACGGGUCGUUGCUCAAGCUGAAGAAGGAGACUCUGCUCGAGUUUGCCUUCGAGCCCAAGAAAAAGGCUUAUUGAUUUGGUGGUGGAUUGGAUCUCUUCUUUGUGUUCUCUUCUCUCAUAUGGGUUUUCAAGUUUGAUUUCUUCUUGUUGUUUCAACUUUUCUUCUUGUUCUUUCUUUCUGUGUCGUCCAACAUUCAUUUCAUCGAGAGGCUUCUUCAUCAGGUUUUGCAGCAAAAAUGGAGUGUGUAUUUCCCUCACCACCACCUUCCAAGACAAGCAGUCAAUACGUGAUUUGUAUCUCAAAUUUUAUACAACACUUGUGAUGAAUAAAGUUCGUUACUUUCCAUGCGUUGCAGAAAAACAAAUGGUCGAGAAUUUACCAGUGUUCACUGUUCAUGGUUUAUUAUCCUGUUAUCUGAUUUUCAAACAAAAAAAAAAA